CUUGGGCCCAGAACCUGAAUGUUCCCCAGGCUAAAAAGAACAACUGGACGAGGAUCAGGCUUCAGGGUUUAGGAUUUCAGUAUGCAUAGAGUCGCUAUGGCAUUUACGAACCCAGAUUUGCGAAUGGGGACCUGUGCAACGCAGGUUCGAAACAGGUGUUCGCGAGUACAUCAAGUUGGUAGAUAAGUUCAGUAAAGAAUAUAUCCUGGAAGCGGAAUGAAUGUCCCACUCCAUGAUAACUUCUCAUAUAGUUUAUGGACAUGGGUGCUCACAGGGUGUGGAAUGUCGUUGUCGAUUCACAAAGAAGAGACCAUGCUACGUUAUUUGGCUUUCAGCACGUAGGUGCGCGAUUUUGUGAGAGGUUCUUCGGAAAAGAAUUAGUACAGAUAAAAGUUUGUACAAUUACAAGAGACUUGGUUAGGAUCUUUCUCACACCUCACUCUUCUUCAGAGCAGACAAUCCGACAGCAACACGAUUCUGUUCAUGACUCGGGAUUCGAUGAUUAUCUGUGCACAACAGGAAAGCUCUAUCUACGUGAGUUGCCUUGCAGAAGGCUCAGGUGUAAUCUUGAGACAGCGAUGACAACUGAACUGGAAAACGUAUAUUCCAUAAGGAUAUCUGGCACUCAUAAAUACGGCUUAUGAACUCGUUGCAACCAAUUCUUAGACGGUUGUAAAAGAAAUUGAGAACGAUGAGGAGUGUGCGGAUUAUGAUGAUUGAGUAGUUCUAUGCACUACGUUUAUGCAAGAUCUACAGUUGUAACAACGAAUCAAGAUGUUCUUGCAAUGCACAAGUUGAUGACGGAGGAUUUGGAGUCGAUGACACGAAGUUGUGAAAAGCAAGACAUUCGUAGAUGAAGCUUGAAGGUGAGUGUUGCAGCCAUUGGGAGCAGCACUGAUUGAUACUAGCACAUUCGAUGUGACAGUCAGAUCCAGUGGAACUGAUGUUUCAUGUUUUUCAUAAGCUACCAUACCACACCUAAAUUUGUCAAAAUUUGGAGUAUCUGAUGAACAUAGAAGAGAUUUGUGCUUGCUUUUGUGCUGUAAGUUGCUCCCCGGUAUGGGAAAAUAGGACAGAAAUCGCUGCAAUUGCAGCAGACUUGAUCGUCGAUUUUUGAACUUCUAAGCUAUGUCGUGUGUCAUGCUGAAGCCCUCAAUCUCCAUCCAAUCUCCUUCCCACCCCAUCCAAAUCCAUCCAGGCAACAGCUGCAGCGAGAGUUGUCCGACCAUCUCCCUCGAACCGAAUCGUGCGAGGGUGAGCGUGAUGGCAGAUUCUGCUCUGGAACGUGAUCUGGUGGUCAUCGCGCAAUCGGCUGUGUACGAUCAAAAGCGCGCGUUGGUGGAGCGCCACCCCAAUGAUGCAACCCACGCAAUUGCUCUAUCGUGUUCGCCUCGGUUAGCGCUGAACCUGCUAAGAGCAUUGGGGCCCAUCUUCCUGGUGGGUCAAUCGGGCUCAAUGUGUGGCACCAUAAUCAAGCAGGCUAAGGAGGCAUUGGAGCUGUUCCUGAGAUUCAUCCCGUUCGAGAAUCACUGCUUCUAUGUAACAGGAUUUGGCCCCGCACACAUAUCUCUGUGUCCCAUGUACAUGGAGUACAUUAUAAGAAGGCGAAGGAAUCAAUUUGUUUGUGAGGGUCGACCCUCUGGGCAUAGGAUCGUCGGUUUUGCAUCACCUGAUCGAGUCCUCGGCAAGGGCCGGGGGCGGCUAUGGCUGCACUUCGGUGUCGAGAUUGAAGAAAAGAAGGAUUUUGAAACGAUGGAAGCUGACGGAGUGUCAGAGGCUGUAGAUCCAAAUGCUAGAGAUUCUAGUGAAACACCGAUUAGAUUGCUCUUGAUAGAAACUUAAACAUUUUGAGAUGAAAGAAGUGAUUUUAGUACAACCGUAUCCUACGUAAAUACUGAUGUGCAGAAGAUGAUUAACAAGAAUGAACAAACAUAAAGGUCGUGUACA